CGUAAGCCACCGUUCCCUGCCGCCCGCCCGCCCGAGCCGUGAUCUCCACACUACAGGAUGAACGUUUCUGCAGGCCGGUACCGCUGACGACCUCUCACUUCUCAUCCUGACGGCCCGUGAGUAAUGAAUCUGUGAGAGGAGGACGUCCAGAGAAGAACCUCGACAUGGCAGACAAGGACAGCGUGGAGAAGUACCUGGAGAACAACCCUCAGUUCGCCAAAGAGUAUUUCGACAAGAAGGUGCGGGGCGAGGUGAUCGCGGCAGCUUUCGCCGACAACCUCGACAUCAAAGACACGGCCUCGUUCAAAGAUGUCAGCCAAAUCCAGGAGGCCAACAUCAUCUUCGACAUGGUGAAAGAAAUGCAUUCGCAGCCCAUUAUGGAGAAGGCCAUGCACAAGGUGGUUCAGAGGAUAUGUCUGCUGGUCAACGCCGACCGCAGCAGUUACUUCAUCUGCAGGGCGAGAAACGGCAUUCCCGAGCUGGCCACCUGUCUCUUCGACAUUACCCCCACCUCCAAGUACGACACCAACGUGGUCAACCCUCAGUCUGAAAUCGUCUUUCCUACCGAGAUCGGCAUAGUUGGCCAAAUAUCCAUCAGCAAAAAAGCCGUCAAUAUUCCUGAUGUCAAACAGAAUGCCAAAUUCAGUGACUUUGUGGACAAGCAGACAGGCUACACGACUAAAAGCAUGCUGGGAGCUCCACUGAUGAACGGCAAAGAUCUGCUCGGGAUCGUAAUGGUAAUAAACAAAGUGGGAGGAACUGAAUUCAGUAAAGCAGAUGAAGAACUCUUCAACAAGUACAUCACAUUUGCCACAGUCAUUGCUCUCCAGCAUUACACCACAUACAUGUAUAACGUCGAGUCUAGAAGGAGUCAGGUUCUUCUGUGGUCCGCUAGCAAAGUGUUCGAAGAGUUGACGGAUAUCGAACGUCAGUUUCACAAAGCGCUGUACACCGUCAGGACCUACCUUCAGUGUGAAAGAUACUCUGUGGGUCUGCUGGACAUGACCAAAGAAAAGGAGUUUUACGACGAGUGGCCGAUUAAACUGGGAGAUGUGGAGCCGUACAAAGGGCCAAAGACCCCUGAUGGACGAGAAGUCAUUUUCUACAAGAUUAUUGAUUAUCUUCUAGAAAGCAAAGAGGAGAUCAAAGUCAUACCGAACCCUCCUGUGGACCACUGGGCGCUUGUUAGCGGCCUUCCAACUUACGUGGCUGAAAACGGCAUGAUUUGUAACAUGAUGAAUGUAGCUGCUGAUGAUUACUUCACAUUUCAGAAAGAAGCUGUGGACGAGUCAGGUUUCGUCAUCAAGAACGUCUUGUCUCUUCCCAUCGUGAACAAGAAAGAAGAAAUUGUUGGCAUCGCCACUUUCUUCAACCGAAAAGAUGGCAAACCCUUCGAAGAACAGGACGAACAAAUAACUGAGGCCCUGACGCAGUUCCUCGGCUGGUCGGUUCUCAACUGCGACACAUAUGACAAACUGAACAGGAUGGAGUGGAGGAAAGAUAUCUAUCAAGAAAUGGUCAUGUACCAGACCAAAGCCACACCAGAUGACGUCCAACAGAUUCUGAACACAAAGGAAAAGUUCGACCAAAAUCCAGAAGACUGUGAUCAGAAGGAAAUGUACAAACUCUUGAGAGCCACCAUUCCUGUUGCCAAAGAUGUCGAAUUGCUAGAAUUUCAUUUCAGCGACUUCCCGCUGUCUGAGUUUGACCUGAUCAAGUGUGGCAUUCGCUGUUUCUUCGAGCUUGGAGUGGUCGAGAAGUUCAAAGUACCAGCAGAGGUCCUGACUAGAUGGAUGUACACCGUACGGAAAGGUUACAGAGACAUCACCUACCAUAACUGGAGACAUGGCUUUAACGUGGGCCAGAUCAUGUUCUGUCUUCUGCAGACCGGAAAGCUGAGAAGAUAUUACUCAGACCUGGACGCCUUUGCAAUGGUCGCAGCUGCGUUCUGUCACGAUAUCGACCACAGAGGCACCAACAAUCUCUACCAGACAAAGAGCGGAUCACCUCUGGCAAAGCUUCACGGCUCCUCCAUCUUGGAAAGGCACCAUCUUGAAUACAGCAAGACUCUUAUGGCAGAAGAGAGCGUCAACAUUUUCCAAAGUCUGCAGAAACGGCAAUUUGAGAACGUGCAGCACUUACAUGACGUCUGUAUCAUUGCCACUGACCUGGCCUUAUAUUUCAAGAAAAGAACAAUGUUUCAGAAGAUCGUCGAAACCACGGAGCCCAUGAACGAUGAGGAAGCGAUUGGCUAUGUGGCCAACAACCCCAUUAGGAAGGAAAUCAUCAUGGCGAUGAUGAUGACCGGAUGUGACCUGUCCGCUAUCACCAAGCCAUGGGAGGUCCAGAGCAAAGUAGCUCUCAUGGUAGCAGCUGAAUUCUGGGAGCAGGGAGACUUGGAGAGGACUGUGCUAGAUCAACAGCCCAUUCCCAUGAUGGACAGAAACAAGGCGGACGAACUCCCCAAGAUGCAGUGCGGUUUUAUUGACUUUGUGUGCUCAUUUGUGUAUAAGGAAUUUUCAAGGUUCCAUAAAGAGAUCACCCCCAUGUUUGAUGGCCUGAACAACAACAGGGUCCACUGGAAGGAACUGGCGGAUAUUUACCAGGCUAAAGUUGAUGCUUUGGAGAAUGAAAAAAAGAGGCUAGAGGAGCAAGAAGCUAAAAAAGCGGGUGGAGAUACCGGAGAAGGAGGGAAGUCCAAAACCUGCACCAUAUUUUAAACAUCAUGUGUCAGGAAAGGUCCAGCUGGCCAACACUGAUACCAGUGGAGGUGAUACC